UGGCCCCGGUUUUAAUACGAGCUGGUAUGGAAUUGUAAUCCUAGGCAAGAUGGCCACAAAAACGCAUUCAAGACUGCUGUCUCGUUUUGUCACGUACCCGCCAGGGUCCAGUCCAAGCUACCUGACUAAGCCCAAGUCAAGUGACUGCCCUGCUGCUAUAUCGGUAUCAGCGCAAAAAGCUCGCCGCCGCAUUUUCAUUUCGGUUCUAUCACCGACAUCAUCGUGCGGCUGAUCCCGCUGUGACUGGCACUUCCCGUCAUCUCGUCCUUCGAGUGCUAACUGUGCACCCUUAGUCCUGGUUAUUUCCGAUCCUCAAAUUCUAUCCUCGACGACUGUGAUCUAUCGCCGUGUCAUGGAUAUGCAGUGACUCGCUGAACCCCCCAGUGACGUCCUAUCUGGAAUGCGACUCAUUGUCACUGCGUCUCGACAUUCCGAUUUGUUGGAUUCUGUUUCUCUCGAGUCAAUGGAGCCUGUUUGGUGCUGAGCUGUGCUGGAUCUGCGGUUAUGGCUUCGGCAACAACCAAGGCCAACUUGGACGACUCCAGACGAAGCACCGGAUCGCCGAAGCUGAAAGGUCGCGAGAAUGCGAAAGACACCCUGUGUCGUAACGUGACAAUUUACGGUCGAUGUCGCUACGAAGAUAAAGGUUGCGCAUUUAACCAUGACCCGCACAGGGGAAACCCCUCGCAUAGCACUGAAAGCAAGAAACGACUCAAUGUCGAUUCUCCUAGCUUCACCCCUUCGCUUCUAAAUGGCUCUGGGGCCAAAAAGCCCGCAGCCACAACUACCAUUUCACCGAAGGCUGCCAGCGCGGCCCCGUUUCUUCCCAAAGGCAUAAUCUCACGGUCAAAUGCAUCUACACCUCCUAUUCGCCAAGAUACGUCUACUCCGGAAUGGAUUGUUGCAGAUAUUCCAGACUUUGUUCCGCAAGGCUUCGAUGCAGUUCAGGUGGACAGUUUACAGGGCAACGGGAAUGGAGGAAUACCCCCAGGCGCUUAUGAUCCCUUCAUUGGACCCUCCACAACACCAUUAACAACACCUGGUGCAGUGGGUCCUCAAGUUACUCCGAACCCAUAUGUCCACGAUCCCUCCGCUUUGGGUGCAGCAGCGUACUUCGGUCCUCAGAGCACUUUCCAACAACCAGUUCAAUACCAUCUCUACGCACCCAUCGGACCACAUAACACGAAUAUAUUAGGCUACCAAAGAAAUGUCCAUGAUUUGUUCCUCCCAAAUGACUUUCGAGAGGAAUUACAGAAGAAGGCAGCGGCCACACUGCAGACUCUUCCCAACUCUCAACUUCCGGCGCAGAUAGACCAUUUUCACUCUCUGGUGCCACUCGAUCUUUCCCACCAGAAGAAUGCGGCAAUUUUCGGCUAUCCCAGCUGGGUAUACAAAGCUCAAUCAAGUAAAGAUGGAAACUUUUACGCUCUUAGGCGUCUGGAAGGUUUCCGCUUGACUAGCGAAAAGGCCAUCCGAUCAGUCCAAAAUUGGAAACGCGUAUGCAACGGCAGUGUAGUCACGGUCCAUGACGCAUUUACCACCCGCUGUUUCCAAGACAGCUCCCUAAUAUUUGUUACUGACUACCAUCCUAUGUCCAAAACGCUGGCAGAACACCACCUUGGUGGUACUGGCCGAUAUCAGGCUCGUCAGGCGGGUACACAUAUCCCCGAACAAAUCCUCUGGAGCUACGUCACUCAAAUUGCAUCUGCUUUAAAGGCAAUCCAUAGUGUAGGAUUGGCAGCACGAGUAAUCGAUCCUAGCAAGGUUUUACUCACAGGUAAAAAUCGCAUCCGACUAAACGCAUGUGCAAUUCUAGACGUGGUACAGCAUGACUCCCAACGAUCAACUGCAGAGCUCCAGAGUCAAGAUUUGGUAAACUUUGGCCAACUGAUCGUCACCUUGGGCGCAAACUCACCUUCCGUCGUGCAUAAUCCCACAAAAGCCAUGGAACAUUUUAGCCGUGCAUACACCCCCCAAUUAAAGAACUCCAUCUUCUGGCUGCUGGGGGCAUUGCAAAUGGACCAGGAACGCAGCAUCGAUCUCUUCGUCACCGGCAUCUCCUCUCAGCUCAUCUCCACCUUCGACUCCGCCCUCCACCUCGACGACGAACUCACCUCCGAUCUCAGCCGGGAACUCGAAAACGCGCGCCUCGUCCGCCUACUCACAAAACUAAAUUUCAUAAACGAACGCCCCGAAUACGAACAUGACCCGCAGUGGGCCGAAAACGGCGAGCGUUACGUCCUCAAACUAUUUCGCGACUACGUGUUCCACCAAGUCGACGCUCAAAAUGCACCCGUCGUCGACUUGGCGCACGUGCUUACGUGCUUGAACAAGUUGGAUGCGGGGACUGAAGAAAAAGUCACACUGAUCAGCCGAGAUGAGCAGAGCUGUUUUAUUGUCAGUUAUAAGGAGUUGAAGAAGGCGGUGGAAUCAUCAUUUCAGGCGUUGACGAAGCAUCCGAGGAGGACUUAAAAAGCUAUUGGCUUGCGUUUUAUCCCUAUUUUAAGCCCCUUUUGGUGCGAUUGAUUGAUUUGGGCUGUUGGCCUCGUUUUGUGCUUUUUUUUCCCGUCCUCUUUUAUCGUUAUUAUAUAUCACCCAAUUCGUUUGCGUUGGGGGACGGGACGGGACGGGGUGGGAUGGGAUGGGAUGGGAUGGGAUGGGAUGGGAUGGGGAGAGAGGGAUUCGGAUCUCAGGAAACUUGGAAAUUGGUUGGAUGUGUUGGAUUAGACCUCCUUUUGGAGUCAGGGUUUAGAGCGGCCGGCAGGAUAGGAUAUGAUGAGCAAGGAAAAGAAACGGCAAAACGGAAAAAAUGAACGCCGAAGAGAAAGGGAAAUAUCUAAUUGUCGAGUCCUUUUUUUCUUUUUUUCUUUUUUUCUUUUUUCUUUUUUUUCUUUUUUUUUUCUUUUUUUCUUUU